AGAAUGCCUUCACUGUAAAAAAAAAAAAAAAAAAAAAAAAAAAGAAAAAGAAAAAAGGGGGAGCUGGAGAGAGAGAGAGAGAGCAAGCGAGAGAGCAAGAGCCACACAGUCGAGAGGAAAGCAGAGAGAGAGAGAGGAGCGGAGUUAAUGGAGAGGGCUACAACUGCGCACAAACAGAGAUUUGAUCAGUGAGUUUAACUUGCUGGUGCUGGUCAGUGUGCGGUGAAGCCAUCCACUGCAAACAAGCCCUGCGCCCGUAAAAACCUCCACUACUUGUUGAGCUGGGCUGAAACAUUGACCUUUUUUUCUGAGAAGGAAGAAGUUCAGGAACUCUGCGUGGGACUGGAUUCCAUUUUGGACGUAUUUAUAUGUCAACACCUUUGUUGCAUUUGUAAUGUGGGGUGAUCGGAAGCAAGCGCGGAACCUGUGGAUUUAACAAAAAUACGGAUUUGGGACAGAUUAUUUCUUAUCUUGUGACUUGUACUGGUUUGCUUCGGCGUGCAUGAACAUUUGUUAAAGAAAAAAGCAAAGCAAUGGAAGUAAGUGCGGAUCAGCCACGAUGGAUGAGCCAUCAUCCCGCGGUGUUGAACGAGCAGCAUCCCGGCUCACAUCACCCAGGCCUCGGCCACUCAUACAUGGACCCUUCGCAGUAUCCCCUAGCUGACGAUGUGGAUGUACUCUUUAAUAUCGAUGGACAGGGGAACCAUGUCUCUCCAUACUAUGGAAACUCUGUCCGAGCCGUCCAGAGGUACCCUCCUCCUCCACACAGUAGCCAGGUGUGCCGCCCCUCAUUACUGCACGGCUCCCUGCCCUGGCUGGAGGGGAGCAAAGGCAUUGCCCCGCACCACAGCACUUCUCCGUGGAACCUGAGCCCUUUCCCCAAGAACCCCCUGCACCACGGCUCCCCGGCCAGCCUGUCCGUCUAUCCCCCGGCCUCCUCCUCCUCCCUGUCCACCGGUCACUCCAGUCCACAUCUCUUCACGUUUCCCCCAACCCCUCCGAAAGAUGUAUCCCCGGACCCAGGCAUAUCUACCCCGGGCUCCAGCAGCUCCGGGCGGCAGGAAGAUAAAGAGUGCAUAAAGUACCAGGUGACCCUGGCCGAGAGUAUGAAACUGGAGUCAGCUCACAGCCGGAGCGUGGCAUCAAUCGGAGCAGGGUCAUCCUCUGCCCACCACCCCAUCGCCACAUACCCAUCCUAUGUCCCCGAAUACGGCCCAGGCCUCUUCCCACCAAGUAGCCUGAUAGGUGGGUCACCUUCUAGUUAUGGUUCCAAAACAAGACCAAAAACAAGGUCCUGUUCAGAAGGUAGAGAGUGUGUGAACUGCGGGGCCACGUCGACUCCGCUGUGGAGGCGGGACGGUACGGGUCACUAUCUGUGUAACGCCUGCGGACUCUAUCACAAGAUGAACGGGCAGAAUCGCCCCCUCAUCAAACCCAAGCGGCGGCUGGUACGUCUUCACCACAUUUCUCUAUUGAUGACAUUUCCGUCUCUCUCUCUGUUUUUCCCCUAUCCAGGAAGAAGUAGGCCUAUUAGCUGCAGGAAAUUGACUCGACAAGUGCAGUCCGCAGCCAGGCGGGCAGGGACGUCAUGUGCAAACUGUCAAACGACAACGACGACGCUGUGGCGGAGAAACGCCAACGGGGACCCGGUGUGUAACGCCUGCGGCCUCUACUUUAAACUGCACAAUAUCAACCGACCUCUGACCAUGAAGAAGGAAGGCAUCCAGACCAGGAACAGGAAGAUGUCCAGCAAGUCCAAGAAGAGCAAAAAGUCCCAAGACAGCAUGGACGACUUCUCUAAGAGCCUGAUGGACAAGAGCAGCUCCUUCAGCCCGGCCGCCCUGUCCCGCCACAUGUCAUCCUUCCCUCCCUUCUCGCACUCAGGCCACAUGCUGACCACCCCCACACCCAUGCACCCCUCCUCGAGCCUCCCAUUUGCUCCCCACCACCCUUCCAGUAUGGUCACAGCUAUGGGUUAGACCUCCCUUUGCUGCACCACCCCUGAACCAUCGGCCUCGCCACCACCAUAUCCCUUGGUACCUCUGCUGAUCUGCCUCCAUAUCCUAAAAGACAAUAAAACUGCUCCUCGUCCCGACCUAAGCUAUCCUGUCCCACCACCGAGCUGCGGUGCGAGAAUGACAGGCUUUAGGCUCCUUUGUCUUCAGUUGUAUCUUAUUUUUAUAAAAUCAAAGUGUACCUCUGCGAUGUGAAUGCUUUGCAGACUUGACUUGACUGUGGCGCACUGACCUCCAGGGGGAAGUUUUUUUCCCCCUCCUCAGCCCGGGAGAGAAAGAACAUUUUCUACUCCCACACCACCGCCACCACAUCGAGGCUGUCCUCCCAGCUGAUCCACAUGAUAAGGAGCUCCAUUUGUGUACAAAAAGCCAUUUUUCCACACACGAACAUCACAAAAACAGACAUUAAAAAAACUUUUACAACGCUCUCUUCCUAACUUUCCAAACCCGCUUCUCUUCACCUUGCACCUGUGUAACAGGAACCCCCCGCUCCUCUUCUUCUUCUUCUUCUUGAAGAUGAGGAGAGACAGACGUUGAAUAUAUUUGUACAAAUUGUAUGAAAUACACAACAUUUAAUGAAGACUUUUUAAUUAAGUAAGAAAAAAAGGAAACAUGCCCCUGGGCAGCUAACGACAAGAAGGGUACGAGUCGCAGCAGGUGGAGAGACUUGCCGCCAGUGGAGUGAGGAGAGGACGUUCAGAGUAAAGAAAAAAGGGAGGAGGAGGUGAGAAGAUGAGAAGGAGAGACUUUUGAAAAAGGGCAGGCCUUGGUUUUCGCCUGCGUGAAUUGUGUUGCAUUAAGUUUGCAGAGAGUCAGCGGCUCUAGCUGCAGGCAUCUCUCUCUAUUUUUUGGAUGUGCUAUAGGUCUCGGGCAAUUGGUUUGUGUUACGCACGCACGUACAUACACAUACAUCCACGCACACAAACACAAACACACACGUACACACACAUUUGAUCACCUGAAAGACUUUCUUCCUGCCCACAGAUUAUAUGCAUUGUGAAAAAAGUUCCUGUAUUUGUUAUUUGUAUGUAUAAAUCAGAGUACCAAAAAUACGAAAUAAACAAAGAUGUAGAAUUAUUUCUUUAUGUUAUGCAGACUGAAUGGUUGUAAAAAUUUAAUAAUAAUCACUAGUGUAAAAUAUGACUGCUUUUUUGUUUCGUAAUUUUUUUUCCCUCUUUGAAAAUAAUAAACUAGUUUAAUCUCUGUUGACAUGUUA